CGUUUACAGACCCUCUGCUCCCGGCACCUGGUGUCAACGCAAAACCGGCGGAGGCUUCGGCAGAACUAGACCGUUCCACCCCGAUGAGACAUCACCUCCAUCCGGACAGGAGUGGGCCAAUCACCGCGACGGCAUCAGGAGAGCACGCGUUGACGACGGCGGCGGCUGCGCUAUUCCCAGGGAUCACCAGACGUUCCCUGAAUCAUCUCAGUGGAGGAAAAGGGCAGCGCACAUGAGUCACCUCGCGUGAUGAAUGAUGUAACGGCGUCUCGGUCUUCCAGCAGACCAUGGCGCUAAGUGGACUAACAGAGUGGGAAAAAAAUGCUUUCUCACAAACAUUCUAGCCUCAUUUAUUGACUUUGCCGAAGACCGAAGCCGAUGUCAAGCGGCGGUGCCAUGAAGUGACCUCACACUGAUAAGUGGCACGGCCAUGGAACUUAAUCGGACGCUUAUCGUUGUGUGUGAGGUUACGUGAUCGUUCCGUACGGCAGUUUGAACGGGAGAGGCGACUGAUUUUGAUGCGAGACGGAGCCAUGUUGCGGCGUGGACUCCUGGCCUGGGUGUCCCGCAUGGGCGCCGUGCUCGUCCUUCUGUGUUGCUCCGUGUCACUCCUCUACGUGAUGACCUGCAGUCCCCUGCACUCGGACAAUCCGCCGCUCAGUCGCGCCUUACCGCACGCCGGUUCCAAUCAGGUCAGCCUGGGUGGUACGAGGCCCGGGGUGGCGGCAGGCAUGGCUGGAACUGGGCGAGCUGCCCAAAGCGGGGGACCACCGGUGGUCCAUUCCUACCAGGCGCUACUGCAGGAGCGCGAAGAGCAACACCGGCUGCACAUCACCUCCCUGAAGAAGCAGAUAGCUCAGCUCAAAGAGGCAUUGCAGGAGCGCAGCCAACAGCUCAAAGGUGUGCAGGACAGCCUGAAGAGGGCCACCGCUGGGGGCCCGCCAGAGGGGCACGGAUCGCAGGCGGGCGACCUCGGGGAUGCCCCCGGAGCCAAAAGCCAGCAGACGGACCUCCAGGACUUCCUGAGGAGUCAGCUCUCCAAAGCCGAGGUGACGGGCGGGGUCAGGCUACCUAGCGAGUACGCGGUGGUGCCCUUUGAGAGCUUCACCCUGCACAAAGUCUACCAGCUGGAGAUGGGCCUGACGCGUCACCCCGAGGAGAAACCCGUGAGGAGGGAUAAGCGGGACGAGCUGGGAGAGGUGCUGGAGUUCGCCCUGCAUAGCCUCAACACACCGCCUGGCCAGCUGGAUGGCAAAAGUAGCAAAGUCUACUCGCCGUCUGACUUUAUAGAAGGCAUCACGCGCACAGAGAAGGACAAAGGGACAGUGUACGAGCUGACCUUCCGCGGCGAUUCCAGUCGGGAAUUCCGCCGCCUGGUCCUCUUCCGGCCCUUCGGACCGCUGAUGAAGGUGAAGAGCGAGCGGGUGGACACGGCCGACGUGCUCAUCAACAUCGUGGUGCCGCUGUCCCGACGAACCGACAAGUUCAAACAAUUCAUGCACAACUUCAGGGACGUCUGCGUGCGCCAGGACGGCCGCGUCCACCUCACGGUGGUCUAUUUCGGGAAGGAGCAGGUGAGCGAGGUGCAUCGCAUUCUAGAGAACACGUCCAGGGAGGUCAACUUCAAAAACUACACUCUCCUGCAGCUGGAUGAGGAGUUCUCCCGAGGUCGGGGUCUGGACGUCGGGGCUCGAGCGUGGAAGUGGGGCAACGUGCUGCUCUUCUUCUGCGAUGUGGACAUCUACUUCACUGCCGACUUCCUCGGAUCUUGCAGACUCAACACUCAGUCCGGUAAAAAGGUUUUCUACCCGGUGUUAUUCAGCCAGUACAACCCCAAACUGAUUUACGGCAGUCCCGAGCACAUCCCGCCAGUAGAGCAACAGCUGGUGAUGAAGAAAGACACGGGCUUCUGGAGAGAUUUCGGAUUUGGUAUGACCUGCCAGUACCGCUCAGACUUCAUCAACAUAGGAGGUUUCGACAUCGACAUCAAGGGCUGGGGUGGCGAGGACGUGCACCUGUAUCGCAAGUACCUGCGCAGCAACCUGCUGGUGGUGCGGGCUCCGUCGCGUGGCCUCUUCCACCUGUGGCAUGAGAAGCACUGCGCCGACGAGCUGGCGCCCGAACAGUACCGCAUGUGCAUGCAAUCCAAGGCCAUGAACGAGGCGUCGCACGGCCAGCUGGGCAUGCUCUUCUUCCGCAAAGACAUUGACGCGCACCUACGCAAGCAGAAGACGCAGCAACUACUACAGAACGCCAAAAAGACCUGAAGUCGAAAUAGCGCAAGACUGGACAAUCGACGUUUCUGUUCAUUUGUGGGGAAACAGAGACGCCUACAGGAGGGGAAGUGAAUAGCAGUUUUUAAAAAAAUAUUUAUUUCAACGAUGUAAAAAACGUUUUUAUUUGGCUUUUAUAUUUUUUAAUUCUAUUUUUAAUUUUUUUUAUGAUUGUGUCGCAACCUUCAGGCAUUAAAAGUUUAAAAGACAUUUCUUUCUUUCGUGUAUAUAACUUGGCAAUAAGUUAUAUAUAAUCAUAUACUGUAAUCAUCCCAACCUGUAUUUAUGUGUAAUAUGUUGUAAAUAGUGUACAAUUAUUACAGUUUUCCUUUUACUCAACCGCAGCAACAGUUUAACAUUCAAGGAUGAAAACUCGCUGUUACAUGUUCUAUUGUAAUUAUCUGUAUAAUUUGCGAAUAGAUCGACGUUGACUCAAACAACGCUGCCCAAACUGAGGCUCAGCAUUAAGCUAUUUUAUUGAUCAUAUUUGUAUAUAAAGUCAUAACUGGUUUAUAUACAGGACAUAUCCAUAUGAUGCGUGGACCUGAUGUAUUUUAGUAUUUUUGCAUUACGUGAAAGAAUCAAAAUUGGAGUCAUGAGCUGAAAAUAUUUGGGGAACCCUGACUUAAAGGAGAAUUGUUAUUU